AUGGCCGACCCAGCUUCUUCGUGCCCAGCGCGACUUUCGAGUUCCCCAAGCCUGGCCCGAAGAAGAAGGCCCCCGGUGACAUCUGUCGGGGCUCGGGUGGAGGUGAUGUCCGAGCUGAUGUCCACGGACACGUGGAAGGUCUUGGAUUCCACCAUACGCGACAGCUUCCCUGUUGUUCUGGCGCUGAUCCCAGUGCCCCCGUCGACGGAGCACCCGAUGGGCGGGGAACUGCUCCAUUCGAUGACGAUGUGCCUGGGAGACAUUGAGACGCUUCGCGCACAGGGCGCAACAGUCGUCGCUGCUGCGCUACGAGCCUGCGGAUCAUAUUCGAUUUCCGGAUAUGUCCUGCGCGACAGUCUCUAUGCCGGCGCAUCCAUUCUGUGGGGUCCGAUCAAACGAGCAGCAAUGGAGGCAGUAUCUUCUCUGGAAGAAAUGUCCAAAGUCUGCUCAAGUGAUCAUGGAGAGAUCGAGAAACUGGGCGUGACUCUUUCUGAAGUCUCCUUUUUGGUCAUCGACCUGUGUGCCAACUCCAGUACGGGCACACUACACACGUUUUUCGUCGUGGCCGCUUUUUGUGUUGUUGGAUCAUACAUUACAUCAGGCCAAGUUCAACCUCGCAUGUUUUUCGCUGGCAUCAGACGCUUACUCUGGGAUGCCGGGAGUUUUUCAUUCGAUGUGCUCACCCAAUGGUGCAUCGCGUUAAAGUUGUCUAUGAAGUCGCAAAUCGGAGAACUGUGGAGUUCACGUCAGGGUGGCAUCUGUCACUACUGCCUCCCCACAGGCUUCGAAUUCAAGGCUAGCAACGACGACAAAUUCGACGACGCGAUUGCGUUUGCACACCGAUGCUCAAGAUGCGUUUUACGGCACUGGACUGUAGGCGAUAGGCCAAUGUACAAGGCGGAGAGAUAUCAUCACAAGCUGCUUCAUCGAUCUCAGCAUGUCAUAUGCUCUGACCGACAGACGGCCAAGGGCAUGCUUGCGAAUAUUAAUCUCACGCGCUCAAACUUGGUUGACGAUCCUGCGCUUGAUCGUCAGUACAGCUAUCAGACGUACCUAGCCCAUGCAGUCCGGGCCGAGCUCAUCACUCUCGGCGGAAGCAUUACCUUUGUUUCCGACAGCCCGGGCGGUCAAGGUGUGACCGCGCCACGUGGGGACCCUAGCUCCAGCGCUUCAUCGUCGGACGCACCCGCGACUGGUUCUGGACCGGCGGGGAAUAUAAAAGCCGCGGAGAGCUCCGCUACUGCGGCGGCAUCGAGGCUCAUUGAACCCGGGGCCCCUCUCGUUCCCUACACCUCAGCACCACCCGGAAUUCCAAUGGAACAUGUACGGGUUAUUGUUGACUGGGACAAGGUUGACCUUCGCAAAGACCUUGGCAUGAAGACUGAAGCGCUAGCAGUUCUCGACGCUGAAUCGAAAGUACGCAUCAUCGAUGAUGACCUCUUAGCGACGCACGGUGUCACGCCGAAAGCCCGCGUGUCCAUGCCCGGCGUCACCGACCUUGACCUCAUGAACGUGCACGUCGCAUGCAAUACGCACGACAACGCUCUGGCAGGCAUCGGUAACAGACAUUACGCUAAGAAGUACGCUGAGGUCAGUUACGAAGGGGUAGAGUUCAAAAAUCAAGUCGGCAACCCGUACGAAAUCAUUCGUCGACCUCUCCACGCGAUGGUUGAGACGAUUACGCCAGUCCUACUCGAUAUCGACGAAAGUGAAAUCAAACGGGUCGACUCUAAAUCCAUGGACAUCCCAAUGAGCGAAGUAGUGUCAGAACUCCAUGGAAAAACUCUGUUCCCACUCCACAAGAUGAUUUCAGAGAUAGCUCCAAACAGUUUCACAGAAAAACUGAUCGAAGAAAACUUCGACGCAGUCUCGGGCACAUGCCUUCCCAAAGCACCCGUGACAAAGGCGUUUGUGAAGCCAAAUGAGACCCUGAACAAGAUAAAGCCGCGGCUCGCGCAGCACGCGGGACCACAGGGCUCGGCGAUGAGAGUAUCAAAGGUACAGACCAUCAUGGUGUCAGCGAGCGCAUCUUGUCCUUCUACCAAGACUACAGCUCUGGUGGAUUCGCAUCUACCGAUUGGGAGCUUUGACUCGUCUGUGACCGACAAAUGCACGGGCGAUGUGACCAAGCCCGGCAUCCGCCGGAUCCUGGAGGAAGCUCUGAUGAACGGGGUUGCGAAGAAAUUCCCCGACGCUGCAGACUACCAGAAUGCCGCCAAGACCCGAUGGAAAAAGAAGGACACAGUCUUGUUUGACACGCUGACCCUGAUUACCGAGAUCUUGAUACGAUAUUCAGGGGAUGGACUGGCUUCGGUGGGGAAUUAUUACAUCAACUGGAACGUCGACAAGACCGUUGACGCCAUCGCCGAAGCCACGUUUACUCUAUGGGACUGGAGCGAGUACACAUUGAAAGAAAUAGUUGAAUGCCUUCCUACAUUCCUCUGCGACAAGAACAACAUCAAGCAGAUAGUCGACUAUGUCAAGUGGAAAGCUUCUUACAUUGCCGAAACCAUCAAGCGAGAAUCGACCGGCAAACACGUGGAGAAACCUGACUCAGAAUUCAUCGACGGUGAGGGGGACGAUAGGCUGAAGGGAUACCGGUGGAAAUUCAUCCAGAAGUUCAGGUGCAAGGACAAAACCGGAAAAGACUGUCGAGAGGUUCUUGGCAUCAUCACUGCGAUCCUCUACGUCGCAGCUGGAAUGAGCUUAGAGCCUCAGGAUCGUUCCGGCCGAGUCUCACCUGAGAAGCUGAUAGACACCACCAACCGUAUCGAAUUCACAAGCCGAAUCUUCGUGCCACUCAGCAGGGGCAAGAAGAUGAUGAGUUUCCCGAAGCUUCGAAAAACGUUCGCAGCUGCAACAGUCUCUUUCAACGUGACCGACGAGUUUACCAAGGCUGCAGCAACAAAGAUGCUGUCAAUCAUGGGCAUGUGUGACGAAUGCCCUCUUCAGCUUCCGUUUUACGCCGUGAUAUUUCGCUACUACAUGGAGAAGAUUACUGACGAUAACAUCGUCAUGGAUAAACGGAAAUACGAAUGGUGGGAGCUGAAGCUCAUUUACAUCGUGAAGGACAAUAAAUUGGACAGCACCCUGAGCACUGUAUACAAGCACCUCAUGGACAAGGCCUCGAGCCGUACGUCCCCGGAAUUGCAGGCUCAGAUGAUUGACGCACUCGCGGUCGAGCCUUGA